GCCAGCGAGAGGCGUGUUAUUCAUUAUUUUGGUAAGUUCUUGUUGAGGAAAGCUCAUCGUAAACAUGCCAGAGCCGAAAACUGCCCCCGUGCCUAAGAAGGGAUCUAAGAAGGCCGUUGCGAAAACUCAGCCUAAGGGAGGAAAGAAGCGCAGAAAGACCAGGAAGGAGAGUUACGCCAUCUACGUGUACAAAGUGCUGAAGCAGGUUCAUCCAGAUACCGGGAUCUCUUCCAAGGCGAUGGGAAUCAUGAACUCGUUCGUUAACGAUAUUUUCGAGCGCAUCGCCGGUGAGUCUUCCCGUCUGGCUCACUACAACAAGCGCUCCACCAUCACGUCCAGGGAGAUCCAGACAGCCGUGCGUCUCCUACUGCCGGGAGAGCUGGCCAAGCACGCCGUGUCGGAGGGCACCAAGGCCGUCACCAAAUACACCAGCUCCAAGUAAAACGACACAUCUUCCCUUCACCUCUUUAAAACCCAAAGGCUCUUCUAAGAGCCACC